CACAGUCCGGAAAUACAGCUGAAUAUAACCAAGUCUCUCCCCGUUAGUGUUCUUAUACAACGACUACUCGCAUUUUCGCGUCCCACACGUUCUGCAUCGUUCCUCCUUGCCCGAACUUCUCAGCACAUCGCAUCUAGAUCCACCUAUCAUUCCCAGCAGCCAAGACAAGAUGAAUAACCGCGACAACGGCGUUACGGAAGGCGUCAAGUUCGUCACCUCCACAGUGGGAAAUACGGUCGGCGGGGUUACGAAUACCGUUGGCGGAGUCGUCGGUGCCGUUGGACGAGGCGUGGGCGAGACGGUCGAGGGAGCGACUGGUAGUGCCGGACGGCCUAUUGCGAGGGCGGUCGCCGACGUCGGCUCGAGCUUGGAGGAUGCAGCGGCCCAAGUUGCCGGAGGUGUGAAGCGAGCUGGGGAGGGAAAGUAAAGCAUGAAGCAGGCAUGAUGACUUGUACUAGCCGUCAUAUAGUCGCCGGAGUGUCCAUGCCCUAUGGCGGUUACGGUACAGAACUAGUACAAAGACUGAAGGACGAUGCGAAUAAAAUACAAUUUCACGUGAUGUUACAGCGGCCGCACAUGUGCACUGAGUGUAUGCGUUGUAGAGCAAAUAUCCCUUCUGCAGAGCUCCCUAUGUAC